CUGUCUCUCUAUAAGUCUGGGGAGGUUACAUGACUUUGUUUGGGGGGUUUACCUGGUGCCACCAUGUUUGCCAGCCCUGUGACUUCCACUCCAUUCUCUGUAAAGGACAUUUUGAACUUGGAGCAACACCAGAGUGGACUGUCUCCAAUGGACAUCACUUCCAGGCUGGAGAACUCGUCCUGCAUGCUAUCCACCUUUAAACAGGAGCCCUACCCAGGGACCCCAUGCCUCUCUGAACUCACUGAGGAACUUGCCCAGAGAGACUCCUCUAAGGGCCCCUCACCUUUUCCCGGAUCGUUCUUUGUUAAGAAUUAUUUGGAAAUGGACUCCUCUAAAGACCCCAAAGAUGACAAGAAAGAUAUCUGCCCCCUGCAAAAAACAUUGGAACAUGACAAGAGAGAAGCUGAAGACCCAGAAAGACCAAGGCAAAGGAAGAGAAGGAAGCCCCGGGUUCUAUUCUCCCAAGCCCAGGUGUAUGAGCUAGAGAGAAGGUUCAAGCAGCAGAAGUAUCUGUCAGCCCCAGAGAGGGACCAUUUAGCCAAUGUCCUGAAGCUCACCUCCACACAGGUGAAAAUUUGGUUCCAAAACAGAAGGUACAAAUGCAAACGGCAGAGGCAAGAUCAGACUCUGGAGAUGGUCGGGCUACCACCGCCAAGAAGGAUAGCUGUACCAGUUCUGGUGAGAGAUGGGAAGCCUUGCUUGGGAGAGUCUUCACCUUACAAUUCCCCUUAUAAUGUCAGUAUCAACCCAUACAGUUACAACACUUACCCUGCCUACUCCAACUACAGUAACCCUGCUUGUAGCGGAAGUUAUAAUUGCAGUUACUCUUCCAUGCCUAGCAUGCAGCCCACAUCAGCUGGUAAUAACUUUAUGAAUUUCAGCGUGGGGGACUUGAACACAGUGCAGACUCCAAUCCAACAGGCUAGUGGUGUAUCUGCACUUCAUCAUGGCAUACGGGCUUGGUAGACUGUGGCCUAGAACCUUUAUCAGAGCACUCAACAAAAAGGUGGCAUUGACUGCAAGGACUGGAAAUGGGUUGCAGGGAUUUGUGGGGAGCAAAAAUGUUCUGCACUCAAUCAGUGCUAGAUGUGUGGCCCAUUAGAGCUACAGUUGGGUGUGUGUGGAUAAUAUGCAACAUGCCACGCUCAGAUAUCUGCUGAAGCACUGAUGCAAUAUUCAGACACUUCUAAUCCAGUUAUUUCAUGUAGUGUUCAGUUUUAGCAGCACCAAGGUAUUUACAGGUUAUCCAAGUGUGUGUGUCUAUGUAUUAAUCCCUUUGCUGCAGGAUCCCAGAGUCGCCCUGAAGAUACAAAGCAGCAUGCUAAAGACAAUGGUUUGAAUAUUAAACUUAUACGGAAAACUGUAAAGCCUCCAAAUUCAAUGGUAUUUGCAAAAUUAGACAGAAAAUACAUCUCAUGUGCAGCCGGGAAAUAUUCAUACUGAUUUAUUACUUAUUAAUGAAAGUGGAAACAAAUGUGUUCUCAUUGUUGCAGCCCACUCAUUGCUAUGUUUGUAGAUAGCCCUACCCCAGACUGUGUUUCCUUAACCCCAUAACUACCCAAUAAUUAUACUUUUUUGUCACCCGAAAACUUUUAGAAAAAGCAAUGCCAAAUUAUUAUUAUUAUUUUUUAAUUUAAAAGCUGUACAUGUACAGCUCCUGGAAAACAGUUUUAUUUAUUAAGUUCAACAGAUAUGAAAUAUCCCUGCAUCUGAGGUACGUGCCUUAUACAGCAGGCUGAGAAACUAUACCCACAGAGUAAAGCGGACUUGGACAUUUUGUACUAUAUUGUGUAACUUUAAAAGGCAUGUAAAGCUCAACAAACUGUGUUGUUUUUUUCCUUCUUUGUUGUUUUGUUUUUAUGCAACCAAAAUGUUGUCAGACUACAGAUCUAAGAUAAAUGUAAUAAAUCUGCUCACCAA